CGUCGCGUCGUCUCCUCCAUCCCCUCUCUCGCUCGCUCGCUCUCUCUCUCUAUCGCUCUCUCAACCAAAAAGCGCAAAUAGAAACCAAACCAAAGACGGGAAAAUAGAGAGAAAGAGAGAGUCUUGCGCAGGUUUUUCCGCGUUUCCCCCACCGUUCCAUCGCUGAGAUUUUAAAGGGGAUUAGUGCGUAGGUUUCCAAAGAGGUAGUGAAAAUGUCUCCGGCUGAUUCAUCCCGUGAGGACAAUGUAUACAUGGCCAAGCUGGCUGAGCAGGCAGAGCGCUACGAGGAGAUGGUGGAGUUCAUGGAGAAGGUUGCGAAGACAGUGGACGUCGAGGAGCUCACUGUAGAGGAGCGCAACCUCCUCUCUGUGGCUUACAAGAAUGUCAUCGGGGCUCGCCGAGCCUCGUGGCGCAUCAUCUCCUCGAUCGAGCAGAAGGAAGAGAGCCGUGGGAAUGAGGAUCAUGUUUCGGUGAUCAAGGAGUAUCGUGGCAAGAUCGAGACUGAGCUCAGUAAGAUCUGCGAUGGCAUCCUCAAGUUGCUCGAUUCCCAUCUGAUUCCUUCUUCCGCUGCUGCCGAGUCCAAGGUGUUUUACCUAAAGAUGAAGGGCGAUUACCACAGGUACCUUGCGGAGUUUAAGACCGGAGCCGAGAGGAAGGAGGCUGCAGAGAGUACGCUGGUAUCCUAUAAAUCUGCUCAGGAUAUUGCCCUGGCUGAACUUGCUCCGACUCAUCCUAUUAGGUUGGGGCUGGCACUAAACUUCUCUGUAUUCUAUUAUGAAAUUGUAAACUCACCUGAUCGUGCUUGCAGCCUUGCAAAACAGGCUUUUGAUGAGGCCAUCUCGGAGUUGGACACUCUGAGCGAGGAAUCUUACAAAGACAGCACAUUGAUCAUGCAGCUUCUUCGCGACAACUUGACCUUAUGGACCUCUGACAUAACUGAGGAUGCUGGGGAGGAGAUCAAAGAGGCCCCAAAGCGCGAAUCCGAGGAAGGACAGUAACUGGAAGCAAGCCUGUCCUAAGAUGGACAUCGCUUCAUUCUGGACUAUGGUUUCUCUUUUGUAGUUUGUGGUAUGUUAGAGCAUUUUCGUGUACUUUUUUCUUCUUCUUCUUCUUCUUCUUCUUCCUUGAACGAUGUCUUUUGGUGUUGAACUUUUCAUCUCUUCGGCCUACAACUAGGCUUGCCUUUAAAAGUCUGAUUAUGCCCAUAAUUAAGCAGAAUCAUUUGGUUCGUGUCA